UGCGAAGGUUGCUUCUUUUUGGGUUAAUUUUGAGUGACUGUGAUGAAAAUGGUGAUAAUUGUUUUUGGGGCCCCAUUUUUUGGUGGUUUUUUUUGGAAUUUUUGGGUCUGAAUAUCGAUUUUUUGAAGUUUUUUGCGGGUAAAAAUGGCUCUCGGCAUGGGUUAUUGGUCUACUCUGAUGGUGGUGGUGGUGAUUUCUCUCUAGGGUUCCGAUUGUCACGUUUUUUAGAUUUUUGUAGCUUGAAUUUGGAUUUUUGCUCAGUGUUUUGCACUGGUUUUGAGUAGUAGUGGAUUUUUUGUUUUCAUGAAACUGUCAUUUAAUCUCUGCGCCAUUCCCAUGCUGUUUACUUGUAGAUUUUGUUCCAUUUCUGGAAAUCCUGGUAUUUGCAGUGAGGAAAAUGGGUUUUUGCAGUAUGGAUUGUUGUUUUCACUGUGAUGGAAAUGGUGAAGAUUGUAUUUUAGAGUCUCCUUUUCUGGUUUUUGAGGCCGUCUCUUAAUCUUGAGCUUAAAAGACUACGAUAGAAGAAACUAGUGUUUUUUAUAGGAGCUGGGGGAGUGCUGUGCAGGCACUGGGUUUUUGGGAUAAUAAACAGUUGUUUUCUUUUCCUAGUUUCUUCUUCAAUAUUCUAUAUUUAUGCCUAUUUUGUGAAAUUUGGUUGUUCUUCAACUAUAUUACACUUGAGGUAUUUACAGAUGAAAAAAGAUAAACUUGUAUUAUGCAUUUUGUAUUUUUGGUUGACUAGCUCUAUUUCUUUUCUUUUUUAAAUCAGUUGUUUUCUAUUUGAGACUUGCUCUCGUUCUUUUGUUGUUCCCCUUUACCCUUUGUAAUUUUUUUGGUGUUUCAUUCUUCACAAGUGAUUUCGGUACAUACCAAGGGAAAUGUCUUUUAGAGUGUGGAUUAUUUCUCCACAAAAAAAAGAUUUUAGUGUAUGCAUUAUUAUUAUGAUGAUGGCAAAUUUGUCUUGUUUUGGUUUUCUGUAUUUUGGAUUUUGGGGUUCCUUUGGUGAGAUUUCGAAGGUUUUAUAUUGAGAAUUAUGGUAAAUGUCUGUGUAGACAUUGUGAAUUUCCUUUAGAUUGUAAUUUAUGGCUUUAUUUUCAGUUUCUUAUGUGAUGCGAAAGAUCAAGAUUGAUAAUCAGGUUCUGUGUUGGAGUAUAGUAGUGUUCAUUAGAUGUAUCGCCACCAUAGUUUUUGAUUCGGUGUUUUUUUUUUUCUUUUCGCCACUUUGUUGGCCCUCUCUUAUCCUGGCCUUUGUUGUGUUUGUGAGGAGAUUUGUGGGGGUUGUAUGCGUGGUGCUUCUGCGGACUAUUGUGAUUUGUUUCAAGUCUUUGACACUCACUAGGAAAUAAGAAAAGGAAAAGAAAUGGAAGAGAGUUGCUUUGCCAUGUUUGUUUUGCUUUCUUUUGUUCUUUCUUCCUAUGGUUUUGUUGUAGGUGAGUUAAAGCCAACUGGUUUCUCAUGAUGCUCUGCUCAUGCUAGGGUCCUAUUAAUGUUAGCUUCUUCUUCUUGUUCUUUCUUUUUCCUUGAAUGUUAACUUAAGGCCUGGUAGGAAUGGAACUUUAAAUAUCACGUGCUGCCACCUCGACCACCUCUGCAUAGAGCCCAUUCCUUUACCUUCUUUUUUUUUUUCCCCGAUUUAUGGCUUUUCUAAGUGAAGCAUAAUUGCAUAUGCAAAAUUAUUUUCCUCUUUUAAUUCUAUCAUUUGGUAGGAGGAGAGUGUGGGUUCCAGGACUCUCCUCAAGUAUCUUAGACUUCGAUCAGACUGGUUUUAUUUUACACAUAUACUUGAAAUUCCAUGUCUUUGUCCACGGUGAUUCGGCAUUUUCAGAUCAUUUGGCUGCUAGAUAUUACAUGUUAAUUGUUCUUCACUGCAACCUAUAGAAUUGCUCAAUAUAUGUUCAGAACAGCAUUGGAAUAUAUAUUUUUUCCCACUGUAUUAUUGUCUAGAAUGAUAAAAUCUUGUCCCUUGAUAGGGCACCGAGAGCCCAUCUGAUAUGGCACCUUCGCUUUUUUUUUUCUUUUUCCUUUUUUGUUUUCUCCUCAUAAAGGGAUGGGAAAUUUUCUUGGAUAUAAAUGAUGUUGUUGGUGGUUCAAAUGUUGCCAUCUUAAUGUCUAUGCUUCAUUUCUAUACGUAUUUCUAACUCAUGGAUCAUUAUUUUCUAUGGGCAGGAAUUGCAACUGGGGCUUCAAUGUUCCCAUGGAUGUUCUUUCAAUGAUGUGAAGAUUUGUCAUAUGUUAUUGUAGCUAGUUCUACAGGUGUUGCUGACUUCUUUCCUGUAUUACAAAACUUAAAGAAGUAAUUUUCUAUUGGAAAAAGGAACUUUUGCUUCUUGAUUAUUUCUGCAACUGAGUAUAGAAAAUAUUCUUCCAUCCACUACAUGUAAUGAUAAGCAAUAGUCAGAAAUGGAAAGGGUUCCAAAACCGGAAACACUAUCAGGCCACUCAGACCAAGCUUCUCAAUCCUGGCGUUCUGCUUCGAGAGAAGAGGACUUAUGCAAUAAUGCUUGGAAAUCUGAAUUUACGGAUCCAAGUGUACAUGCUAAGAAAGGAAAAGGAUUAUACAAAGCUCCUGAAGAGUUACCAAACUCCAUUAAUGCAAAUCAGCCAUCCACGAAUCCCACCAUUUGUGCAUGCAAAUUUGCUCCAUCAGAGCCAAUGGAACCAGCACAUAAUGUAAAUGAUGUUGGUGCCUCUAUUCCAAUGGAUACUGAUUCAUCUAGCGAAUCUGUAAAAGGGUUAAGUCGAUUAAGCCUAAGCACUUCCCAUGUAUGGGAUGAGGGUUCUCCCUCCUCUUUUUCUGGGGCAAGCCAUCCCCCUGAGCCAGAAGACAGUAAUACAAUGAAUACCAUCUUUGUAACCAGUAAUCUGGACAAGGCUGGAGCUCUAAUAUGCAUGGCCAAAGAUAAUUCAAGCAGAGUUCCUUUCCCUGAAGCCAAAGAGCCGUGUGUUUCGGGUGCGUGUGAUCCUUGUGCUUCACAAACACAAGUUGGGUUUUUUCCCCAACAAGAAGCUGCACCAUCAUCCUACGCAAUCUCUCCAGAAACAUCGUUGUCAGAGAUGAAAGAGGGCCAGGUUAACACCUGGUUACCUGAUUCUGAAGAGAAAGAGUGCAUUUGGGAUGCUUCCUUGCCUCCAAGUGGUAAUGUGAGCCCCCUUAGUAGCAUAGACAGCACAGUGGUCACAGCCAUGAGCAUAGUCAAUAGCAGCACGAGUGCAUAUAGAAGCGAUGGAAUUGUGAGUGAUGGCAUGCUCAGUAGUGAGAGAAACUGCGAAAGUGCAAAGCAUAGUGUGAGAGGUGAUUCUCUAGAGAGUGCAAAGAGUAGCAUUAGCAGGGCAAGUGAUAGUAGCGGGCUCAGUGAUGAGAGCACUUGGAGUAAUAUAACGGGAAGUGCAAACAAACCUCACAAAGGAAAUGACCCGAGAUGGAAGGCUAUUCUAGCUGUUCGGGCUCGAGAUGGUAUCUUGGGUAUGAGUCAUUUUAGGCUUCUUAAGAGGUUGGGAUGUGGGGAUAUAGGUAGUGUCUACUUAUCUGAGCUUAGUGGGACAAGGUGCUACUUUGCAAUGAAGGUUAUGGACAAGGCUUCUCUUGCUGGUAGGAAGAAGCUGAUGAGGGCCCAAACUGAGAGAGAGAUCCUUCAGUUAUUGGACCACCCCUUUCUGCCUACACUGUACACUCACUUUGAGACGGAUAGGUUCUCUUGUUUGGUUAUGGAGUUCUGUCCGGGAGGGGACCUGCACACACUAAGGCAGCGGCAGCCAGGAAAGCACUUCUCAGAAUAUGCAGCAAGGUUUUAUGCUGCGGAGGUUCUCCUGGCGCUUGAGUACCUCCACAUGCUCGGCGUGGUCUACCGAGACCUAAAGCCUGAAAAUGUACUUGUUCGAGAAGAUGGCCACAUAAUGCUCUCAGACUUCGACCUCUCUCUAAGGUGCGCAGUUAACCCAACCCUUGUUAAGUCUUCAUCCUUUGAUCCCGACCCCUCAAAGCGAGGCUCUGCCCCUGCAUUCUGUGUUCAACCAGCCUGCAUUGAACCCACUUCCGUUUGCAUUCAACCCGCUUGCUUCCUCCCCAAAAUCUUCCCCCAAAAAAAGCCCAGAAAAACACCUAGAAAACCAAGAUCAGAUUUUGGGCAGCCUGGGCAGUCAGCCCGUCUGCCUGAGCUCAUUGCUGAGCCUACCAGCGCCCGAUCAAUGUCAUUUGUGGGCACCCACGAAUACUUAGCCCCCGAAAUUAUAAAGGGAGAAGGCCAUGGAAGCGCUGUCGAUUGGUGGACAUUUGGUAUCUUUCUUCACGAGCUAUUGUUUGGGAAGACCCCAUUCAAGGGUUCGGGCAAUCGUGCGACACUCUUCAAUGUGGUGGGGCAACAAUUGAGGUUUCCUGAUAGCCCUGCUACAGGCUAUCCAGCAAGGGAUUUGAUAAGGGGUUUGUUGGUCAAGGAGCCACAACAUAGGCUUGGGGUUAAGAGAGGGGCCACUGAGAUAAAGCAACACCCUUUCUUUGAAGGGGUGAAUUGGGCUUUGAUUAGGUGUAGCACCCCACCUGAGGUGCCUAGGCCUUUUGAGACUGAGCUGCCCGUGAAAUUUGGGGCAACGGUUGGGGCAGGUGGUUUAGGGAGUAGUAGUAAGAGGAUGGGAGGGGCAGAUAUGAAAGCAGGGGGCAAAUAUCUGGACUUUGAGUUCUUUUAAGGGGCAGUUUGGGCAGCUCGGGCAGGAGGGCUGCGGUUGUUAAGUUUGGGCCGUUCAGAUCGAGAGUAAGAGGUCAGAGGAUGGGAGAGGAAAACAUGAGAUCUGAAGAAUUUAGAGUCUGAGCUCUUUAAAUGGCAGUUUGGGCGGUUGGAUUGGAGUUUCCGGACUUUGAGAUCUUAUAAAUGGCGGUUCAAGCAUCACAUUUAAGGGCAGUUGGGGUAUGUGGGUUGGGAGGUGGCAUAGCAAGAGCCUGGGAGGGGCAGACUUUAAACCAUAUAUGGAUCUUAAAUCUCUUCUAAGGGGCUGUCGGAGGCAGUAUAUUUGUGAUCUUAAAUUUUUAGGGAGAGAAAGAGGGUUGGGAGCCAUGGUAGCUUGCUAUUUGUAUAUUGAGCUCCUUUACGGGGGCAGUUGGGCCGAGUGUUUGGUCUCUGAGUUUAGAGAGAGAGAUGGGUGUUUGUGUGGGUGUUGGUAGAUGUGUAUUUAGAGAUACAUGCACGGGAGCUCGGAAUGUGAGCACGCCGUAUGUGUGGGCAUGGGGGUAUAUCAUUGUUCCUGGACGUAGGUUAGGUUUGGGUGGUUGAUUUGUAAGCCUGAUAAUGAUCUUACAUAUGCAAAGUUGGUAAAAUCAGUUUCACAUGGUCUCUCUCUCUAACCUUUUGCAAUGGAUAUUUUGAGGUGCAUCUUAAUUCUACAUUUUCAAGGUUGCAACCUUAUAUAAAUGUUUUCCAUAGACAUAUGUGUAUCAGAACUCUGAAAAUGGGUUUCAUGGACUGCUCGCUCUCUAUCCAGGAAAUCUGAGGUUUCAUGGACUGCUCUCUCUCUCCAGGAAAUCUGAAAUGUGGUUUCGUGGACUGCUCUCUCUCUCUCUCUCUUUCCUGGAUUUUUUAAAAUGGACCUCACAGACUGUUGGCAGCAUGCCGCGGGAUACCACCUGGUUCGCUCUCUCUACAUCCAAUCCAUUGCACUUACAUGAGGCUAUUGCCAGCGUUCUGUGGGAAACCACCUGAUUGAAUUAACUCUCUCUCUCUGUACACCCAACACAUUGCAUUUGCAUGAGUUGGCCUACCAAUUGCAGUGAGAAGAGUAGGUUUUUGAGAA